GCUCGGUUAGCAGAUGGAUCCAGAAAGUCCUCCAAAGUCCGGUUCUGUGGACAGAGCUGAGCUGGACCGACACUGUCAACCACCGGAUGUUGACUUAAAGACGGAACUGGAGUCGAGAAACGAAGUACACAUAUAGGUGGCCCGACACUGUGAACCACCAGAAGCUGAUUUAAAGAUGGAACUGGAACCGAGAAAAGAAGGUUUACCUCUGGGUGUCCAAAAAGUGAUUAUUGGUGAAAAAGACGAGCAGGAGUGGAGCUCCAGUGUGGACCGGGAGGACCCAGACAUUAAAGACGAACAGGAGGAGGUCGUCAUCGCCCAGCUCACUUCCAUCCCUGCCCCUGUGAAGGGUGAGGAUGGUGAAGAGAAACCUGAAUCCUUACAGCUUUAUCACAGACAGACUGAGGAGGUCAGUGACUCUGUGGGAAGACCAGAGCCUGAUCCAGAUCUACAGCCUGAUGGGAAAACUUCAGGCUCUUCAGACACAGACGUCAGUGAUUCUGAUGAGUGUGAGCCGAGCCGUGAACCUGCAGCGCCUCGGGCAUCAGGUGAUGCUGAUGAGAAACCAUUCAGCUGCUCUGUCUGUGGGAGAAAAUUUGGUCACAGCAGAAAUCUGAGCAGACACCAGAGAACCCACACAGGAGAGAAACCUGUCAGCUGCUCUCAGUGUGGAAAAAGAUUUGUGGACAGUGGAAACCUGCAGAGACACAUGGGGAUUCACACGGAAAAGAAACCGUUCAGCUGCUCUGAGUGUGGACGAAGAUUUGUGGACAGUGGAAACCUGCAGAGACACAUGGGGAUUCACACGGAAAAGAAACCGUUCAGCUGCUCUGAGUGUGGACGAAGCUUUAAAGACAAGACAACGCUAAUAAACCACCAGAGGACCCACACGGGGGAGAAACCAUUCAGCUGCAAGUUCUGCAGUAAAACGUUCACACACAGCGGGAACCUGAAACAACACCUGUGCAUCCACACGGGAGAAAAACCCUACAGCUGCUGCAGGUGCAGCAAAACAUUCGGCCGCAACGCCGACCUCAAUUCUCACAUGUUGAUCCACACGGGACAAAAAGCUUUUAGCUGCUCCGAGUGUGGGAGAAGAUUUACUCACAGCCGGAGUCUCAAACAGCAUCUGAAGAGUCACGCAGAAGAGAAAGCCUUCAGCUCCUCGCUGUGUGGGAAAAGAUUUUAUAACGUCACACAUGUGAAAAAGCACAUGACGACUCACGUGAGAAAAUCAUUUAUCACAGGAAAGAACAUCAGCUGCUCCGCAGACUGAUGAAGCUCCGAAUCAACCAGGAGCUAAACAGGGUGUAGGAUUGGUCUCGUUUUAACACAGACACAAAACCAUCCACCAGCUACACCACUACCUCGUAUGACUGACUCGUUCCAUCCAUGUACCUGAGGCACUUUAUCUAGGGUCCGGCUCCUUCACUUUUCUCCUAAAGAUGAAACUAAAUUGUUAUUUUUUCACAUCCUGAGAUAUAAUUUUUCCUCACUAUGAUGGUGAGGACAAAACUCCUGAAACAGAAGUUCUCUGCGCACCACCAACAUGUUCAUGUUUUAAAUCGUUUUUCCCCACAUGGUGAGAAACCAGCUGAGGAAAAACUUUAUUAUUGGCGUCUCUGUGCACGUGAAGCUCGAGACUCUAGUGAUCACAGUUAGCAGAAUGCUAAGCUAGUUGAUAGGUGUUAUGGUCGCUGACCGGGGGUCUCCCCAUGUGAGAGAGCUCUGUCUCCUCCUUCUGUGUUCCAGGUCUGUCUCUCAAGCUGCAGCUGAGAUGUAGUGCAGCUCGUCAGCACUGCCGCCUCAAAAUGCCACGCCCCCUUUUCCUUCGCUUUUCUCUGGGAUGUGGGCUACAGUGGUUCGGGCAGUGGGCUGUCGCCGUGUGAAUUUAUGAAAAAUGUCGUGACUUUGGUGUUGUGAGUAAAGGUGUGCCUUUACACAGAUAAUUGUGAACCACAGUGGAUUUUGGGCCUCAUUGGGUCGCUUGGUUGUGAAAUAGUUUUUUACUGACGUUAACUUUGUGGCAGUUAAUAGUUUUCUUUUCACUUUGUGUCACACCCCACCCCAGAUACAACCUUGCUUUUAAGUAGUGUAACAAUAGGCAUCAUGGGAAAAGGAAGCAGCUCACCUGUCCAGGAGAAGACGUUUGUCUCUCCAUCUUUCUUUUCAUGUUUUUUCUGCUGCUUUACGUUAAUAAUUUAAUAAUAAUUUAACAAUUUUUCUUACAUUGAAUAUUACACCACUCCUCUGAAACAUUAUACAGUAUACAGAACAAUUAUUUGCACUGCUUUCAUAAUUAAAUGAAGCUGUUAAAGACUAA